UUAAUUAGAUAACUAAUGGCCGAUUUCACCAACGUGUCUUAAAAUUUAGGAGUUUCUUAAUUCAAGUUAAGAACUGCCCAAAUCCAUUUUCGGUUUCACCAGUUGCUAAGUAUUUCCUAAAGUGAGAUAAGUAUUACCUAAGAUAGAAAUUGGUUAAACAGCGUUCUAAGCCGGUUAGGAAGUUCUUAGCCCGUUUGACAUUUGUCAUAAGUGACGUUAUAUUCCUAGCGAAUAUAGCAGCUAUAUGGAAGUGAUUGAAUUUAUCGAAGAUUUGGACCAUUAUGACGAUGAUGAUGAACAUAUACGACGUCCUCGUGUUCUGAGAGAUCGUACCGAUUAUUUCGAGCAGUACGACGAAAUGGAUUUUUUCCGUAGAUUUCGCAUGAAUAAAAACACUGCACUGUUCGUCUUAGAUCAAAUUGAACAUCAGCUGGCAUAUGCAGAUUACAGAAAUGCUGCAAUUGCACCCAUAAACCAACUUUUAAUUGCGUUGCGAUUCUAUGCAACAGGAUGCCACUUAACAUCUGUUGCCGAUUAUGGUGGUGUUAGUAGUAGCAGUAGUUGCAGGAUUGUAAAGAAAGUUUCUCAUGCUUUGGCAUCAUUGCUGCAAAGAUUUGUAAAAUUUCCCACCACAAAUGAAGAGAGAAAUAAAGUAAAACAUGACUUUUUUUUAAUUGCCGGAUUUCCAAAUGUUCUAGGAUCAAUUGAUUGUACACACAUAAAGAUACAGUCACCAGAUAAAUUAAUGACCUAAUACCAACACAAUAAUAUUUAUGAACAUUUACAUUCAGGUGGAGAUGAUGCAGAAGUGUUCAGAAAUAGAAAAGGUUAUUUUUCAUUGAAUGUACAAACUGUCUCUGAUGCAAAAUUAAAGAUAUUAAACAUUGUGUGUCGUUAUCCAGGAUCUACACAUGAUUCUGCUAUUUUUCAAAAUAGCAGACUAUGCUAUCAAUUUGAG